AUGGCUCCAAUAUCAACCACUGACAUACCUGCCCUGGACACCGUCCCAAAGAAUGGCCAUAAGUUCCAACAGAAAGAAGGCCAAGAGAUCGGAUUCGUCGAUACCCCAAAGCUCCAGUUCAAGGACAAGUACGAAGAACGCGAGUACAUCAAAGGACGCCUAGCAGGAGCCUACCGCAUCUUCGGCGACUACGGUCUCAACGAAGGCCUCGCUGGCCACAUCACUGUCCGUGAUCCAGUCGACCCGGCCACCUUCUGGGUCAAUCCUCUCGGCAUCGACUUCAAUCUCAUCAACAAAAGCGACCUGCUGCGGGUCGACCACAAAGGCAACAUCUUGGACCAUGGCAGGGUGAAGGUACUGAAUCGAGCUGCAUUUUUGAUACAUGGUGCUAUUCACGAGGCGAGGCCGGAUGUGCUGUGCGCGGCGCAUACUCAUAGUGUGUACGGUCGAGCGUUCUGUGCUCUCGGGAAGCCGCUUGACACCAUCUCACUCGAGUCGUGCUUCUUCUUUGAGGACCACGUUGUAUUCGAAGGCAAAGGCAUCGUGCUAGACGAAGAUGAAGGCUGCGACAUCGCUGAAGCGUUGGGUAACAAGAAAGCAGCUCUCCUCCGGAAUCAUGGUCUCCUGACCGUUGGGCAAAGUAUUGAGGAAGCCAUCAACUGGUUCUACAUGCUAGACAAGUGCUGUCAUGUGCAGCUCCUCGCCGAUGCUGCGGCCAGUGGACGUGGUGGUGAGACGGCCAAGAUCACACGCGAGGAAGCUGAAUACACUCGGGGCGUUGCUGGACACCCUAAGGCAGGGUGGAUGGGUGGUAAUGCGAUGUUCGAGCUCAUAGAUGAGAAGACUGGGAAGUCUUACUUGCGGUAG